GCAAUUUGCGUCAUCCAGGCGUGCAAUUCGCAAAACCCACAACUGAAAGCGAGAGUGCGAGUGGGUGGUGCGCUUGCUUGCUUGUUCGCUGGUGCUGGCUGCUGUUGUCCCCUUGACCCCCUCAUCACCACGACAGCUUUCAACGACGACGUGAAAGCGUGCGGAGGGCAGCCAACCAACACACGCCAGGCCAGCCAUGGACCCGAGUGAUCCACACGAGGCAACAGAAGCCAACAAGAACAACAAGAACAACAACAGCACAUCAGAAGCGGCACGUGCUUCACAACAAUCACAACCGCAGCAUCAAGACGCCCACUCAACGUCAGCAUCAUCCCCAGCACCACCACCAACGUCAAUGAAGCCACAGCAACAACAGUCAGCUUCCAAGACAAGCACUAACCCCUUUGAUGCGUCGUGGGUGCCGCCCCCAAACGCUUUCUCAUCCUCAGCACCAGCGAUAACGACAACAGCGACGCCACCCGCAUCCACCUCAGCGAGAGGUGAAGGGUCUGCAAGCGACACAACGCGCACACCAAAUGGCACAGCUCACGCAGCCAGCAGCGCCACAAGCGAGGUCGUGGUUCGGGUUGCCGACGGCGCCACACCACGCCGCGAGCAGCAGCAGCAGCAACAGCAACAGCAGCAGCAGCAGCAGCAACAGCAGCCUAAUGUGUCAAACACACUGUCGCCAACGGAUGCCGUGUCAUCACCGAAAGACAAGAGUGAUGAUGGAGAAAGCAAAGGGGACGAUGGCCACGGGCAAUCAAGUGGGCGCCGCAGCCGCGCGUCGAAGCGGUCCAAAUCCAAGCGCCGCAAGCCCACGUUCAUGACAUAUGCCAUUGCCGGCGAGGAGCAGGCUGCAAAGGGCGACUACGACCGUGCCAUUCAGCUGUUUCUCCGCGCCAUCAAGAUGGGCACCGACAUGGAGGAGGCCUUUGCCGCAGCAGUCUCACAGCUGGCGCUGUGCUACUAUGCGAAAAAGGAUUAUCGCCAGGCCCUGCGCUUCCACAAGCAGGAGCUCCUCAGCCACAGAAACAUGGCAAACAAACGCAGCGAGGCAAAGACGUAUGCGCACCUGGGCAACACGUACAAAGGGAUGGGCGAUCUUGAGAAGGCGUCGGAGUGCUACCAGCGUAGUCUUCGCAUUGCCAAGUCCUGCGGUGACUCGGCGGCACAGGCACGCGCCCUCGACAGCAUCGGCAACGUGUACCACAUGCUUGGCAAUGCGUGCGGGCUUGAGGAGAGCAUGGGGCGGCUCACAGAGCCGAGGGACCACAACGCCUUCAACAGCGCCGUCAAAUACUAUCGCAAGACGUUUGGGAGGAAGAACAAAGAGCUGGAUCCUAGCGGGUUGGGGCGUGCGUGUGGGCAUUUAGCCAGCACGUAUGAACGUGUCAAGGACCUUGAGUCUGCGUUUAGAUUGUAUGAGAAGAAACUCAACAUUGCAAUCAAGUACAACGACUUAGCUGGACAGUCGCGCGCGUACAACAGUCUUGGAAACGUUCGCCGCAUGCAGGGACGAUUCCAGGAGGCAAUCCGAUAUUACGACCUGGACCUUGAAGUUGCUCGCAAGCUCGGGGACAAGCAGAGCGAGGCCAUCACGCACAGCAACCUGGGCAGCGCAUACCAGGCGUUUGGCGACUACGAGCACGCAUUGCAGCACCAUGCGCGGCACUUGGAACUCAUGGAGGAGCUGGACAACAAGAGCGGGCUGGCGGGCGCACACGGAAACAUUGCAGCCAUGUACGAACACAGGCGCAACUACACCAAGGCUGCUGAGCACUACCAGCAGAACAUUUCCCUCUCACAAGCGCUUGAGGACAAAGUUGGCGAAAUGCAGGCGCGAGAGCACCUGGCGCGCGUCACACGAUACAUGGAGCAAGGCAUCCAAGUCAUCGACAUGGAUGGCUCGAGUCAGCGCUCGCUUGCGCUCAAAGCGCCGCGCGCACUUCGGAAGGCGACAGUUCGUGGCAUCUCCACGCUCUCACGCAAACUCAUGCCAGGCAGCGUUCGAAGAAGCGACCAGCGUCGGCCAAGCAUCAACGACAUUGGCUGGGACCAGGACGGGUCCAUCUCCCUCGCCGACAUGGCCACCAAGGAGGGCGUCGUGCUGCGCGAUAACUCUGCGAAACAGCGAUCGCGUCGGGCCGUUUCAAUGUCGUUUGCACGCCGGAGUCAGCACGUCAAGUCGAGCAGUGACAGCGAACAAACUACCAGCGAAGACGAAGGCGAGAGUGGGGUGCAGUUGCGCAAGAACCGAUCGAAGCUGCGCACAGCAAGAAACAGGCUGUCAUCCCUCUUCUCCAAGCGCCACACAAUGUCGUAUGACAAUGACGAGAGCAGGAUGAGUGUGAACCGUGGGGCCAUCUCCUCUGCGCUUCAGUUCGAUCCAACGCAUGCGCAGUCCGCGUCUUCGUCGUCAGGCGCCCCUCCCAUCGCAACCACCUCCCUGUCAACCGUCACCACAGCAACCACGCUCUCGCUAGGAAGCAGCACUGCAAGCGCAAGCACAGCUGCAAGCGCUGAUGUUGGUGCUGGUGCCAGCAGGCGAGGUGGUGUUAUCCUCAACGACGACGAUCACGACGACGACGACGACCACAACGAUGAUGGUGCUGCCCGUCAUCAUGUUGCCGCUGGUGGGCGCGUCGCAUCCACGAAACAGCCUGCUGUUGUCGAGGGUAAAUCGGGAACGGACGCGACGGAAGCAAACCCGCGUGCCCCCGCCACCAUCUCGUUCACACCAAAGGUGCUGAGGACAGUUGCAGGGGAGAGCACCGCGCCACAGCAGGUGGAGUUUACAGACAGCCCGCCGCCACGCCGCAUCAACGUCAGGCCCUCCCCACAUGUCGACCGCAAACACGGCGCCCCAUCGGACGGCGGAUAUCUCGAAAUUGCGGGCGCUCCCGAGGUCGCGAUCAGACAACAACAGCAACACCAACAGCAUCAACAACAGCGGCAACAGGCAGGAGAUGACGAUGAGGAGGAGGAGGAGCAAAGCCCUGUGCCUGACAUGUCCACACCAGAGGGUCAACUCAUGGCGGCGAUUCUGAGCUUCAAUACUGUUGCCGGUGUGCAUGAUGAGAGCACGGAGGAGGAAGGCGAGGACGAUCUUGCGAAACACGUCGUGCAUGAUGCAACAACAACAGCAGCAACAACAGCUGCAACAGCAGCACACGCGAGAGGGACUAUGAACAAGAACAGCCGUGACACGAGCAGUGGCAGCAGCAGUCGAGGAUCCUCAGCUGCCGCCACGCACCCGCCGGCACCGCCAACGCAGUUCUCAACGUCAACUACAACAGUGUCAACAUCAUCAGGGGUUGCAGCAGUGGAGGCGAAGGGGCGAGAGUCGCCCUUAUCGCCUGUGCCCGGCCGGUUGUUGGCGCCAAAUGCUACACGCAUGAACAAGCCAUCCCCUCUCGCAAAGCGGGCGUGGGGUUCGGACAGCGAGAGCGAGGUAUUCAUGGCCGUCACGGCCAACGAAGCAGAGGAUCCGUCGGAGCUCUCCUUUGAGGUGGGCGAUGUAUUUAUUGACGUGAAGACGUUGCGAAACCCAAACGUUCUCCUUGGCACGCAUGAAAUCACGGGGCAGCGAGGCAUGAUUCCUGCCGCGUGUGUGACAAAGCAGUUUACACCAAAGAUGGAGGCUGAGACAGACCUGUAAACCAGAGGCCACUUGUGCUUGAGUGUCUGUCGUUUGUCACUCCCCGUUACAUUUCCUCUCUUUCUUAUCCGCCCAUUCUUCCCAUUCCCUCUCUUGACAAUAGCAUCCGCAUCUGUGUGUGUGUGUGUGUGUGUGUGUGUGUGUGUG